AUCAAGAAAAAACUGGCCUUUUAUCCACAGACUGUCGUUGCAGGAUUCCCUUUAUAGUAACAAAUUGGAGUAAACAUAAGUUUAUAAUAAUAUACAUUAUUGCUUUUAUAUUUGCACAGUAAAGUGAAUUAGCAGUCAUUAUCGCAACGCCAAUGUCCGCAAUAUUACUGUAACAAAGGGCAGCUUGGAUGCAAUAUUGGCAGACUAAUAUUUCAGGCGCCUUGUAUUAAAUAAAUCAGUGAUUUUCAUUAGUAUAUUUGCCCAUUUGUGUAGUCUCAUAUCCCCACACUAGAUAUGAAUCUUAGUUGCCAAGAUCAGAACACUUUGGUAUUUCUGUGACAUUGUGCCUUUCGCUGUAAUGGAGAGGAAUGAGAGAAAUGUGGGAUAAUUGUUCUAUAUUCAGCAAUAUUUGCUUUUGUUUUCCUGAUAUCAUGCCGCCCUGUUCCUGAGCAGGAGAUGUCGGCCUUGUGUGGGACUAGCAACGGCUCUUCAGAUGUGUGUCAAGAUGCCGCAGAGAAACAAGAGAAGGAGCAUCCCCGUGUUCUUAUUCCCGAGUUAUGCCGGCUCUUCUACCAGCUUGGAUGGGUGACAGGGACUGGUGGUGGGAUCAGUUUGAGACGAGGUGACCAGAUCUACAUUGCACCAUCAGGCGUUCAGAAGGAGAGAAUACAGCCAGAAGAUAUGUUUGUGUGUGAUGCAGAAGAGAGAGAUAUCAGUUGUCCUCCUGCUUGGAAGAAGUUGAAGAAAAGCCAGUGUACGCCACUUUUUAUGAACGCCUACACCAUGAGAGGGGCACAGGCAGUUAUACACACCCACUCCAAGGCUGCUGUCAUGACAACGCUGCUGUAUCCUGGCAAAGAAUUCAGGAUAACACACCAAGAGAUGAUAAAGGGGAUUCGUAAGGGCACCUCAGGCACAAACUAUCGGUAUGAUGACAUGCUGGUAGUUCCUAUUAUUGAAAACACACCAGAGGAGAAGGACUUGAAAGACAGGAUGGCCCGAGCGAUGGAAGAAUACCCGGACUCAUGCGCAGUUCUUGUUCGCCGGCAUGGUGUUUAUGUUUGGGGAGAGUCUUGGGAAAAAGCAAAAACAAUGUGUGAAUGCUAUGAUUACCUGUUUGAUAUUGCUGUCCAGAUGAAGCAGUGCGGUUUGGACCCCUCAGCCCUUCCAGUGGAAGAAAAGGGAAUAGUGUGACAUUUACUGGUGCUUAUUUUUGAGACAUUUGUUACAGAAAGGUUAGCCGAGUUCAAUCAGGGGAGCAGAUUGUAAUCAUUUGCCUUUCACGGCAGUCCGCCUCAAAAUGGAUGAAAUGUGAUGGCGAGGGCAAAUUCGGGGUUGAAGAUCGAAUGCCUGCAAUCUGGAGGUAGCUGCAGGUACACUGUAAAGCACUGUGGGACAACUCACAAGAGAGUAGCUGUCAAACCAAUGUCCUCAGGUUCAAAUGCCUUUCUGUUCAAGCUUGGCUGCACUGAAAUCAAGGAAUUUCUGUAUGUCAGAGAGAACUAGAGCACAGAUCUCACUUAAUCUGUAAUACUUUUAACUUCUUUUGCCUCAGCGAAUAAAACAUGAGAUGUCAGUUGUGACUUGAUGAUUUUUUUUUUUUGUUUACUUAUCUGUCCCUUUCAUUUUUGUGAGCCACAUUUCAUAUUGAACAACUCAUUUACAAAUGAGACAAAACUUUGACUGGUGGAAUAAAAAUCACAGUGUACA